AUGGAUGAAGGAUUCAGAGAUCGGACUGCUUUUAUACGAGGGGCCAAAGACAUUGCUAAGGAGGUUAAAAAACAUGCCACAAAGAAGGUUGGAAAAGGGGUAGAUAAGGUGCAAGACGAGUACACCAAACGUUCUUACACUCGCUUCGAAGAAGACGAUGAUGACGAUUAUCAACCGCAGGAUGGCUACUACCGAGGUGACCCCUUAAACGAUGAUGAAGGAGGUUCUAGCGAUGCCACCGAAGGCCAUGAUGAGGACGACGAGAUAUACGAAGGCGAAUAUCAAGGCAUCCCCAGAGCAGACUCCAUGAAAGGAGACAACCUCAGCAAUAACCAGCAGCUCGUAACAGAGUUUAAAGACUUUGAGGAUCUAGAAGGUCAGAAGAAGAAGGACAAGGAAGAACUGGCCCAGCAGUACGAGGCAAUCCUUCAAGAAUGUGGACAUGGAAGAUUCCAGUGGACUCUCUAUUUUGUUCUGGGACUCGCUCUCAUGGCUGAUGGGGUAGAAAUUUUUGUAGUCGGGUUCGUCUUGCCAAGUGCAGAGAAGGACAUGUGCUUAUCUGACUCCAACAAAGGCAUGCUGGGUCUCAUCGUCUACCUCGGUAUGAUGGUGGGAGCGUUCCUCUGGGGAGGACUGGCUGACCGAAUGGGAAGAAGACAGUGCCUGAUCAUGUCUCUCUCCGUCAACAGCGUGUUCGCCUUCUUUUCUUCGUUUGUUCAAGGCUAUGGCACUUUCUUGUUCUGCAGACUUUUAUCUGGAGUAGGCAUCGGUGGAUCUAUUCCUAUCGUCUUCUCCUAUUUCUCUGAAUUCCUGGCCCAGGAAAAGCGGGGAGAGCAUCUGAGCUGGCUGUCCAUGUUCUGGAUGAUCGGGGGGAUCUACGCCUCGGCCAUGGCCUGGGCUAUCAUUCCUCAUUAUGGAUGGAGUUUCCAGAUGGGUUCAGCAUAUCAGUUCCACAGUUGGCGGGUGUUUGUCUUGGUUUGUGCAUUUCCUUCUGUGUUCGCCAUCGGAGCUCUGAACACCAUGCCCGAGAGUCCUCGCUUCUACCUAGAGAAUGGAAAACACGACGAAGCUUGGAUGGUGCUAAAGCAGGUCCAUGACACCAACAUGCGAGCCAAGGGCCACCCGGAAAGAGUCUUCUCUGUCACUCAGAUAAAGUUCAUUAAACAAGAGGAUGAACUGAUUGAGAUUCAGUCAGACACAGGGACGUGGUACCGGCGCUGGAUGAUCCGGAUACUUAAUUUGUCUCAGCAGGUUUGGUCUAAUUUCCACCAGUGCUUUGCCCCAGAAUACAGACGCAUCACCCUGAUGAUGAUGGCGGUUUGGUUCACCAUGUCUUUCAGCUACUAUGGACUGACGGUUUGGUUCCCAGACAUGAUCAAACAUCUUCAGAACAUUGACUAUGCCUCACGCACCAAAUAUUUCUCCAACGAGAGGGUGAUCAGCUUCAACUUUAACUUUACUCUCGAAAAUCAAGUCCACGAUAACGGAGAAUACCAAAAUGACAAAUUCAUUGGCCUCAAGCUAAAGUCUGUUAUAUUUGAAAAUUCCUUGUUCAAAGACUGUUACUUUGAAGAUAUCACAUCCAGUAACACUUUCUUUAAGAACUGUACUUUCAUCUCCACCAUGUUCUACAACACAGACUUGUUUGACUAUAAGUUCAUCAACAGUCGGAUUAUUAACAGCACGUUCCUGCACAGUAAGGAGGGAUGCCAGCUCGACUUCAGCGACGACAUUAAUAAUGCCUACAUGAUCUACUUUGUGAGUUUCCUGGGGACUCUGGCGGUACUACCGGGCAAUAUUGUCUCCGCACUGCUGAUGGACAAAAUCGGGCGUCUCCGUAUGCUGGCUGGUUCCAGUGUCAUGUCAUGUAUUAGCUGCUUCUUCUUAUUCUUCGGGAACAGUGAAUCGGCCAUGAUUGCUCUACUCUGCCUCUUUGGUGGAGUCAGUAUUGCCUCUUGGAAUGCUCUGGAUGUCCUGACGGUGGAGCUCUACCCCUCAGACAAAAGAACGACUGCCUUCGGAUUCCUGAAUGCCCUCUGCAAGUUGGCUGCUGUCCUGGGGAUAAGCAUUUUUACCUCCUUCGUGGGGAUAGCCAAAGCAGUGCCCAUCCUCUUGGCCUCUGCUGCAUUGGCCCUGGGUAGCUUUUUAGCCCUUAAAUUGCCAGAAACACGAGGCCAGGUGCUUCAGUGA